AUGGCCGUCGGAGAAGAAGAGUCAACUUUGUCGGUUAUUUCGUCGGCCGGCUGCGGGGCAGCAAAGAUCGCGACCUGCGGCGUGGCUAGUUGCUGUGGGAGGCGGGAGGAGGAUACUGUGCUAGCGACUGUGGGGGAUGGAGGCGGCGCGGCAGAAGGUAGCGGGACGAAGCAGUCAUCGCCGGAACACUGUCCGCAAUUGCCCAACCCUCUGUCUCUCAGGCCCGUCGAUUUUCUUCUGUCGUUGUCGUCGCCUCUCUCAGUCAUCACGCCCGUCGCCUCUACUCAGUCUUCACUCUUCACGACCGUUUCCUCUUCUCAAUCCUCACGCCCAUCGCACUCCAGCGCCUCGACACCAUCUCCUCACCGCCGAAGUCUGCCACAAAAGCUUCGGUUGCUCCGCCUCGACGUAUUGCCUCCGAAAUCGACUCCACUUUCAGAUUCUAAUGAAUCAGGGGAUAAAAUUAGGUGUCCUUGUCGCAAAUGUAACAACGUCUUGUACCAAAGUCGAGAUGAUGUUGAAGCUGAUUUACUCGAGAAUGGCAUAGUUAAGCAUUACACUAAAUGGGAGUUUCAUGGUGAGGAAUCUGAUGAGUCAGAUGAUGAUGCUUUUGACUUUGAAGAAGAAGAAAACAAUGUCGAAUGUGAUUUGGAUGAAACAGAAAGAGGUGGUAUUGGAGGAAAUCUGGCUGACUAUGUUGACAUGCAAAGCGUGUUAGAAGACUGUUAUACAGCAACAAGAACAAAUGCCUGGGGUGGAGACCAAUCGACAAUGGAUGAAAAUGCAGUGCCACAAUGGGAAUCUGAAAAAUUCAUGAGGUUGUUAAGAGAUGUGGAUAAGGAAUUAUAUCCGGGUUGUAAAAAUUUCACCAAAUUGUCAUUUGUGGUAACACUCAUGCAUUUAAAGAUUGUUGGAAGAUGGAGCAAUAAAUCAUUCUCAAUGUUGCUUGAAUUGUUGAAAAAAGCACUUCCGAGUGGUGAGGUGUUGCCGCAGUCAUAUUAUGAGGCAAAAAAGAUUAUACGGGAUCUUGGAUUGGAUUAUGAGAAAAUUCAUGCUUGCGUGAAUGACUGUGUGCUAUUCAGAAAGGAACAUGAAAAAGCAGUAUAA